AUGGGUAGGUCACCGUGCUGUGAAAAGGUGGGGCUGAAGAAAGGGCCAUGGACUCCUGAGGAAGAUCAAAAGCUCAUGGCUUACAUUGAAGAGUUUGGCCAUGGAAGCUGGCGUGCAUUGCCAGCCAAAGCUGGCCUUCAAAGAUGUGGGAAAAGCUGCAGACUAAGGUGGACUAACUACCUCCGACCUGACAUAAAAAGAGGAAAGUUCAGCUUGCAGGAAGAGCAAACAAUCAUUCAACUUCACGCCCUUCUUGGAAACAGAUGGUCAGCAAUAGCGGCUCAACUUCCCAAGAGAACCGACAACGAGAUAAAGAACUAUUGGAACACACACCUGAAGAAGAGGCUAACAAGAAUGGGGAUAGACCCUACAACCCACAAGCCUAAAACCGAUGCUCUCGGUGGUUCGGGUAGUUGCCAGUCCAAGGACGUAGCCAACCUGAGCCACAUGGCUCAGUGGGAGAGUGCUCGGCUCGAAGCCGAAGCAAGAUUGGUGAGAGAAUCAAAGUUGCAAGUCCAGAACAACCUCGGAUCCUGCUCCUCCCCACAACCCGCGAGACUCGUCCUCAACAAAAUCACAACGCAACAACCAUCACUACCACCUUGCCUUGACGUGCUCAAAGCGUGGCAAAGCUCAUGGUCGAAGCCACAACCAACAACAACAGGAACAAAAGACAACAACAAAAUAAUGCAUAGCAUGUAUGCCAUGAUGCUAUCCACUGAUGACACCCUCGAGUCUCCCACGUCCACGCUGAACUUCCCAGGAACAGUGCUUCCUGUCCCCACCAACAACGUCGGAGUAAUAUUCAAUGAAAACAAUAACUUACUCCCUCUCACCACGACUACAAAUGCCACACCAAACCCGUGUGAGGGUGGGUUCAUGAAAGGGAUUAGUGAUCACAACACAAUGUUACACUUGCAAGACGAUGAUAUCAUGGCGGCUGUGGAAGCAUUUAGAUCAAACACAACAAGGUACAAAAACAACAGCAACAACAAUAAUGUUGCUCCAGCACUCUCGUCCAAUGUCGUCCUCGAAGGACUCAACAAUGAUGAUGCCUUGGUUUAUGAUUCCAACGAUAACUUAGCCUCGCAAGAAGAAAACUUGGCAAUCAUUAACGGGGAUGGAAGCAUCUGCAACGUGAGCCUCGAAGAGAAUAAUAAGCAUUACUGGAAUAACAUACUUAAUUUGGUGAAUGACUCGCUGCAGUCUGAUUCGUCUGUCUUCUGA